AUGAAGACAAUACACGAAGCCAGUGAAGAGGACACCGACGCUGCUGUUGCCGCUGCAAAGGCGGCAUUUCCGGCAUGGGCUGCGCUGGCCCCCGACGAACGCGGAGUGUAUUUGAAGAAGCUGGCGGCUCUACUGCACGCGAGCCAUAAGGAGCUGUCAGAGCUCGAGGCCAUGUCCAUGGGUCGUCCGGUAUCGACGUAUUUUGACAACCAUGCCUGCGCGAGUACAUUCGAGCACUACGCCGAGGCAGGCUACGAGGUGCAAGGAGUCAGCAGUCUCAACACGCCGGGAUUUGUCAAUAUGACUUUCAAGCAGCCGUACGGGGUGGUUGCUGCGAUUAUCCCGUGGAAUCUUCCUUUGGUGUUUUUCGGAAACAAGGUUGCCCCGGCACUUGCAGCUGGCAAUACUGUGGUCCUGAAGAGCAGUGAAAAGGCUCCGUUGUCGUCUGCAUACGUUGCGACACUCGUGGAGAAAGCUGGGUUCCCUCCUGGUGUCCUCAACGUGAUUUCCGGCCACGGCCAAACGUCCGGCGCUAUUCUUUCGUCGCACAUGGAUGUCCGAGCUCUCAGUUUCACUGGCUCGUGCCGGACCGGCCGGCUUAUCCAGACUGCAGCUGCGAAAUCCAACCUGAAGAAUGUGAUCCUGGAGCUAGGUGGAAAGUCACCCGCCGUUGUUUUCGGGGAUUGUGACCUUGACGCCGCAGUAGCCGAUACCCAAAACAGCAUCCAAUGGAACAGUGGCCAAGUCUGCAUGGCAAACAGUCGAGUCUAUGUCGAAGAGAGCAUCGCAGACCAGUUUGUGGAACGUUUCAAAGCAAAAGUUGCUACUAUCUCGGCUGGCGACCCUCUGGAUCCGGCAACGACCCACGGACCCCAGGCUGAUGCCGCACAGUGGGACACGGUGCAAAAGUACCUUGACAUUGGGAAAAAGUCUGGAGACCUUGCAUUGGGCGGCACAACCAAUGUCGCCGGCUUAUCGGAUGCGGCGACGAAGGGCUAUUUUAUCGAACCGAGUGUUUUCCUCAGGACCCCCGAAGACGCAGUCAUAAUGAAGGAAGAGAUUUUCGGCCCUGUUGUGAACAUCAACACUUUCAAGACAGAGGAGGAGGUCAUUGCCAAGGCGAAUGACAGCGAGUUUGGCCUGUAUGCAGCCGUCUACACCAAAGACAUCAACAGGGCCAUGCGUUUUGCGAAGGCCUUGGAAGCUGGAACAGUCGGAGUCAAUUGCACAAGUCCGACCGUCGCCAAAGACAUGCCAUUUGGAGGAUAUAAGAGCAGCGGCACUGGAAGAGAAGGUCUUGGGCACAGUCUCAAUAACUUUUUAGAGACUAAGACAGUGCUGAUUAAGAUAGGUCAAUAG